GGAAGGCUUUAUACUAGAUUAUGGAGCAUGGCUGUGGCUUUGUGCUCAUUCAGCCACAAGAUCGUGCACUGAUGUUAGGCGAGGAGGUCUGGGGUGCAUUCGGCGUUCCAGUUCCAGUUCAUCCCAAAGGUGUUCAUUGGGGUUGAGGUCAGGACUCUGUGUAGGACACUCUGCGGCUGUGGCUCACGUGGUAGAACGGGUUGUCCACUAAUUGUAUGGUUGGCGGUUCGAUUCCUGACCCACAUGACUCCACAUGCCGAAGUGUCCCUGGGCAAGACACUGAACCCCAAGUUGCUCCCGAUGGCAAGUUAGCGCCUUGCAUGGCAGCUCUGCUCCCAUUGGUGUGUGAGUGUGUGUGUGUGAAUGGGUGAAUGAGACACAGUGUAAAGCGCUUUGGAUAAAAGCAGACCAUUUACCAGACCAUGACUCUCCAGUUCUUCCACUCCAACUUUGGCAAACCAUGUCAUCAUGGGACCUCGCUUUCUGCACAGGGGCACUGUCAAGCUGAAGCAUGUUUACGCCUCUACAGCAUCUAAAGACAUCCUAUACACAGUCGUGUGCUUUGGGACAACAAUCUGUGGAAGAACCCCAUAUGGGUGUGCUGGUUAGAAAUCCACAAACCUUUAGCUAUAAAAUGAUGCUGUAUAUCGACCCUAGUUGAUCAUGUCCGCCGCUUCCGGUUGUUUCCUCGUCGCUGCUGAUGUCACACCUCCACGCCGUGACGUCACUCCGUGCCACUUGCUGUCUCGCUUUUUGAUGCGGUUCUUUGAAAAGUCGCGUGCAGGAGCUUUAGCCGUUAGCUGCUGCUCGGAAAGGAGGACACUCCGACUGCAAUAAAACGCGCGCAGUAAUAAAACGCGCACGGCGCUCAGAACCGCAUUCAAGUUUUUUAUUUUUAUUUUUAUUUUAUUUUAAAACAAUAAAAUAUAUUAGUAGUUCCGUUAGCAAGGCUAAGCUGAGGGUUACAGCUGGCUAACUAACGCUAGCUUUACAUAUUUCCUUCAGCUCCUUGUGCUAGCCGGUUUCAGGGUUCAGCUAAUGUCUGAAACCGAGCUGAGAAGUAGGAUUUCUGAAAAGUACCAAGAUAUAUAGAUAAAUAAAUAAAUAUAUAUAUAAAAGGCCCGCUAUUAAUGCAGCAAAAGGGUGAAGAAUGUUCUGAUGGCUGGCUGUGAAGAACAGGAACAAGGGAGAGGCGAGCCGACUCGGCCCUUUUAACCGAGCCGGCUUAUGAACCGGCGCCAGGAGCUGUGCCAUUCUCCUCCUGCCCUGUUGGGACGAAGGGUGGCGCAUAGCACGGGGGUUUGACUUGGCACCGUGGCGCAGAAGGCACGAGGCAAAGCGAGACCGAGACAUGUCGGAGAGCGAGGAUGCUGAUCACCCUCGCUUCUUCGUUGGUGCUGAUGAUGGAGAAGGAGAGGAGCUGCUGGACCCGGGCCGAGUGCUGGGCUACGACUGCCUCUACGAGAACGUCGAGGAGGAAGAUGAGGAUGUGGAUGAGGAAGAGUACGACUCGCCUCCAGAGAGACAGAUAGUGGUGGGAAUCUGUGCCAUGGCCAAGAAGUCCAAGUCCAAACCGAUGAAGGAGAUCCUAGAGCGCCUUUGUCUCUUCAAAUACAUCACGGUGGUCACAUUCGAGGAGGAGGUUAUCCUCAAUGAGCCUGUGGAGAAGUGGCCACUGUGCGACUGUCUUAUCUCAUUCCACUCCAAAGGAUUUCCACUGGACAAAGCUGUAGCUUAUGAAAAGCUCAGGAAUCCAUUUGUGAUCAAUGAUCUGGAUCUGCAGUACUGUAUUCAGGACAGGAGGGAAGUGUAUCGUAUCCUGAAGGCAGAGGGUAUCCAGCUUCCACGCUACGCCGUCCUUAACAGAGACCCAGCCAGACCAGAAGAAUGUAACCUGGUUGAGGGAGAGGAUCAUGUGGAGGUAAAUGGGGAAAUUUUCCAGAAGCCUUUUGUGGAGAAGCCAGUGAGUGCUGAGGACCAUAAUGUGUAUAUCUACUACCCCACAUCUGCAGGAGGGGGCAGCCAGAGGCUCUUCCGCAAGAUUGGCAGCAGAAGUAGUGUCUAUUCCCCUGAGAGUAGUGUCCGGAAAACCGGCUCUUACAUAUAUGAAGAGUUUAUGCCUACAGAUGGGACUGACGUUAAGGUGUACACAGUGGGUCCAGACUAUGCACACGCCGAGGCCCGUAAAUCUCCCGCUCUGGAUGGAAAGGUGGAACGAGACAGUGAAGGAAAAGAGGUGCGCUAUCCUGUGAUCCUCAACGCCAGAGAGAAGCUCAUCGCCUGGAAAGUCUGCCUGGCCUUUAAGCAAACAGUGUGUGGGUUUGACCUUCUUCGUGCUAACGGCCAAUCAUACGUCUGUGACGUGAAUGGCUUCAGCUUUGUGAAGAAUUCCAUGAAAUAUUAUGAUGACUGUGCAAAAAUUCUGGGGAAUAUCAUCAUGCGAGAGCUAGCGCCUCAGUUCCAGAUUCCAUGGUCCAUCCCUCUGGAAGCAGAAGACAUUCCCAUAGUUCCCACCACCUCCGGGACAAUGAUGGAGCUGAGGUGUGUGAUUGCUGUGAUCCGACAUGGAGACAGAACUCCCAAGCAGAAGAUGAAAAUGGAGGUUCGACAUCAAAGAUUCUUUGACCUCUUUGAAAAAUACGAAGGGUAUAAAAGUGGAAAGCUGAAACUAAAAAAGCCAAAGCAACUUCAGGAAGUUUUAGACAUCGCCAGACAGCUGUUGGUUGAACUAGGGCAGAAUAAUGAUACGGAAAUUGAAGAAAGCAAAGCCAAACUUGAGCAGCUGAAAACGGUCCUUGAGAUGUAUGGCCAUUUUUCAGGUAUUAAUCGCAAGGUCCAAUUAACAUAUCUCCCGCACGGCUGCCCAAAAACAUCUAGUGAAGAGGAAGAUGUUCGGAGGGAUGACCCAUCCUUACUACUGGUGCUGAAAUGGGGUGGGGAGUUGACUCCAGCAGGCAGGGUACAAGCAGAGGAACUGGGUCGAGCUUUUAGGUGCAUGUACCCUGGUGGACAAGGUGACUACGCAGGUUUUCCUGGCUGUGGCCUGUUGCGUCUGCACAGCACAUAUCGACAUGACCUGAAGAUCUACGCUUCUGAUGAGGGCCGGGUUCAGAUGACUGCAGCCGCUUUUGCCAAGGGUCUCUUGGCACUGGAGGGUGAGCUGACCCCUAUCCUGGUGCAGAUGGUGAAAAGUGCCAACAUGAACGGUCUGCUGGACAGCGACAGCGACUCUUUGAGCAGCUGCCAACAGCGAGUUAAAGCUCGACUCCACGAGAUCCUGCAGAAAGACAGAGACUUCACUCCCGAAGACUAUGAAAAGCUGGCUCCCACUACGAGUACAUCACUAGUGAAGUCCAUGCAGAUGAUCAAGAACCCAGUAAAGACGUGCGAUAAAGUUUAUUCCCUCAUCCAAAACCUUACGCUGCAGAUCAGACAGAGGAUGGAGGACCCCAAGUCAGCAGACAUCCAGCUGUACCACAGCGAGACUCUGGAGCUGAUGCUGCGUCGCUGGUCCAAACUGGAGAAGGACUUCAAGAUGAAAAAUGGACGCUACAACAUCAGUAAGAUCCCAGACAUCUACGACUGCAUCAAAUACGACGUGCAGCACAACAGCUCGCUUAAGCUGGAUAACACCAUGGAGAUCUACAGGCUGUCUAAAGCGCUGGCUGACAUCGUCAUUCCACAGGAAUAUGGUAUUGCUCAAGCUGAGAAACUGGACAUUGCCAAAGGCUACUGCACACCGCUGAUUCGCAAAAUCCGCUCCGACCUCCAGAGAACGCAGGAUGAUGACACAGUCAACAAACUUCACCCAGUUUAUUCCAGAGGAGUCAUGUCUCCGGAGCGUCACGUCCGCACCAGGCUCUACUUUACCAGUGAGAGUCAUGUGCACUCUCUCCUCUCCAUCCUACGCUAUGGAGCUCUCUGUGAUGAGACCAAAGAUGAGCAGUGGAAGAGGGCCAUGGACUACAUGAGAGUGGUCAGUGAGCUUAACUACAUGACCCAGAUUGUGAUCAUGCUGUAUGAGGAUCCCAAUAAGGAUCCAUCUUCAGAGGAGCGUUUUCAUGUGGAACUGCAUUUCAGUCCAGGAGCAAAAGGCUGUGAAGAGGACAAAAACCUGCCAUCAGGAUUUGGCUACAGACCAGCAUCCAGAGAGAACGAAGGCCCCAAAAAGAAGUUGCAGAACGACAGCGACGAGGAGCCGAGUAAUUUAAAGCGGGACGAGCCAGAUCGAGCCCUCGUCAUGUUCCGACCCAUGGUGUCCGACCCCAUCUACAUUCACAGGAAGUCUCCUCUUCCACGAUCCAAAAAGAUCGGCUCUGUAGAAGAAGAAAGCCCCCUGAGUGUGUCUAGCCCUGAGUCUAUUGGUACCUGGAUACAUUACACCUGUGGUGUUGGUACUGGGCGUCGAAGACGCAGAUCAGGGGACCAAAUAACUUCCUCCCCUGUCUCCCCCAAAUCACUGGCUUUCACAUCCAGUAUUUUUGGCUCAUGGCAACAGGUUCUUUCGGAGAACAACAGUCACGCAAGGCCAGGCAGGCUACACACAGAUCAGAAGCUCACCACUGGAAUAGGGUCUCAUUGUGCUGGCCUGUUUAGCACCAUGGUGCUGGGAGGCUCCUCCAGCGCCCCUAACCUACAAGAUUAUGCUCGCACACACCGUAAAAAGCUGACCUCUUCUGCCUUCUUAGAUGAGGCCACGCGUGGUUGUGCUGUUAAAAGAUUUUCUAUCUCAUUUGCGCGACACCCAACCAAUGGCUUUGAGUUAUACUCCAUGGUUCCCUCCAUCUGCCCGCUGGAGACCCUCCACAACUCACUGUCCCUUAAACAAGUCGACGACUUCCUCGCCUCUAUUGCCACCUCUCAUGAUUCCCUGCUGGAAAUGUCCUUGUGCUCACCAGCUGCUCAAGGAAAGAAAGUUCCUUUAAACACGUACACUCCUGCAAAAGUUUUACCGUGUCCUUUCACUCAGGCUGUGGGAAAGAGGUCACCAGAGCGCACAUAUUCAUCAGGCAUCGGAAGCUCUCCGUCCAGAGCGGCCCGAUCGAGCAGAGCCGACGCUGUUCAGCACGUUGCCGCUGGAGACAAAGCGUUACAGCAGAGCACACCUCCGCGGUGUAGAGAGCGCAACAUACCCGCUAAACCCAACACUGCAGAACACACUUCCAUUAGCAUCCUGGUCUCCUCUCCCCCAACAUCCUGUAAAGCUCAACUCAACUCAACCUACCAGGAGGACAGUCUAUCCACCCACACUCAAGCCUGGACAGGAUGCUGUAGAGUCUCAUCACAACUCACCCGUCCUCACAUAAGUGUCACUAAAGCACAUCAGGCAUCGUUCAGUGACAGUCAUGUCCAUAUCACGCCAAAACAAACCAACUCGGAGGAAACUCAGAGUGGAGCCGUACACGUGCACAAGCUUACCAAGCAGACUGUUCAAGAAGAGCACCAUGAAGGCAAAAUGUAGCCAUGUUCUCCAACACCAGUAAUGCAAAACUCGUCAACGACUGUGUUAAAAGACCACAAAAUUAUGCUUGAUUCCACGAAACCGACCAAACCUUGAAUUUCACUGAAACAGUGAUAAGAUAGCACCAUCACUUAAUGAUUCCUGACUGAGAGAAAACUUAUUUUAACAGUAGUUUAGCGGUAGUACAAUCUGACCUUUUAAACACACUCGUCUAUUCGAUACUAUCGCAGACAUGACUGAUUUACCAUGUAGUAUGAUCUCGACUGUACUCUCCUGAAGAAUUUAUUUCUCAUAUCUUGUAUAUUUGAAUGUAAACCAGAUGUGUACGCUCAUAUUAGAUCCAUUUCAUCCUAGUCUAUUUUGAAUUCAUCCUGAUCAUUAACUAAACAACACCUUUUGAAUAUUAUCACGAUCGAAAGUAAAAUGUAAUGAAACGAAAAGUUCUAUUUUUCACAUAUCGUUGGUUACCAAAAAUGUGCAUUUUAUUUUUCCUUCUCAUUAAGCUGUAGAUGAAAUGUCUGCCUUAAGGUAAUUGUUGUGAAAGGUAUUUUUCACCAGUGUAUUCCAUGCAAACCAAACAUGAUUGUAAAUGUAUACAUAUAUAUGUAUGUAUAUUGGGAAUAAACCUCAGUGGAACCCCUGUUAUAUGUAUGUAUUGAUAAUCUUCUGUAUGUAAAUGUGAAAUUUAGAAACAAAUAUAGAUUUCAUGAUAAUUGUAUAUUAAAUAAACAUGGUAAUCUUUUCAGUA